UAGAGGCUCCGGUUUGCGGCAUAGCCCGGUUUGCGGCCCUCGGUCAAGGUCAAAGUAAUUAGCAUAUGCAAAUUAAUUAUAUGCGCUUAAAAAAUUACCCCUGGAUUCCCAGGUAAGUAUGCUUUGCCGAAAUACAUCGACAGUACAAGUACUUGCCGUACGAAUUCUCCGCUGACGCCGACGGAAAUCUACGUCACCAGUCGCCGAUAAGAAAAUCAGCAGGUGCUAACAGGUGAGUUAAGAGAUUGAGACAUAACUAGAUCAAUAUUAUAGCUCUAUUCGUCCGAUUGGAGGUGAAAUUUGGUGUUGAUGUGAGAGUAUGUUGGCUGUGGUCCGUCCUGUAUCGCAGACAUUUUGAUAAUGCCGCCGCAGAGCUAGUUAAGGGGGUGGCCAUGUAGCUAUGACGUAUUUGGUGGCCACGCCCUACUUGCGGCCGGGGGCGCUAAUACACGUAUAAAAUGCGGGUUUGUGUGUAACGUGGUGUUGCGUUCAGAGCACGUCUACGUCGUUGAUUAAAUCAUUGGUUCUGGUAGAUUUUACGGGUUUCUGCAUUUCAUUAGUUGUUUUUAUUGAGUUCGUUAGUUCAAAAUAUAAAAUUUGAUAUCAUUUUAAAGUUAUUUAGCUGGUGUUUGUCGCAAAUAGGCGUGAACGUUGUAUGUUGAAAAGUAUAAUGAACCGAGGUGUGUACCCUCUAGUUUCUAGUAGUUCGCACCCCUUUCCUCCGUUCUUUUAUUCUAGUCGGGAGGUACCAUUCAAGGAAAAGGUGAAUUUGUUUCAAACUUAAUAAAUUUACCGUAACAAGAGAUAGACAAUCAUUACUUGGCUCACCCGUAGUAGUUUGGUACAUGCUUUGAUCGUGACGUGGCAUAUAGCUUUGUGACGUACUGUAGAUGUAUCGUAGCGCACUAAUUGAAACAAAGCAACAGGUGCAUCGAUCUCGAUCUAUACUAGUAGGUCGCGUCUCGAUCUCGAACAUACGUUAUCAAAAAUGAAAAUACUUCGAAUGGAUGAAAUUAUCAUAACCUUACGUUGAAUAUUUAAUUAUAUUAACAAUAUGAUAAGGAUAGUUUGAUACAUCUAGACUCUAGAUCUAAUUGUAUUUUGUAGUUCAGUAAUGUCUUUUUUAAUGGGAAAUGGAAUAAAGAUUCAUUGAUUCUUUUUUAAUGAUAUUGUAGGCCUAUGUCGUGGCAGCUGAUAGCUAUGACUAUAUGUAGUCUCCUAAUAUUUUCUUUCUGUUUCAAUAUUUCAAAAGCUGCUUAAUAAUGGAUGGUAAUGAAAAUAAUGGUAUGAUGACAUUAAGUUCUAGAAAUGCUUCACCUAAUCUGCAUCUAGUUUUCUGUUAAUACAUUUUCUCCUAUUUUCCUCAUUAACAGAAAAUGCCUGCAAGAAGAAAGUAUACAGGGGCCUCACUGGCGGAGGCUGUAAAUAGAGUUAGAUUGGGCGAGCUAUCCCAGAGACAGGCUUCCGCACAAUAUGGAAUACCGAGGGCAACAAUCUUUGAUAAGAUAUCAGGUCGACGACCCCCUGAGAUGUGUGCCAUGGGGCCAUCCCCCUACCUGACCAUGGCCGAGGAAGCGAAAAUUGCCACCUGGGCAAUUCAGAUGUCGAGAAUUGGCUAUGGUAGGACCAAGCCCCAAAUAUUGCAGAUGGCCCAGCGGAUCAUCCGGGAUGAUGGGAGACCCAACCCGUUUAAGGACGACAAGCCGGGGAAGAAUUGGUUCAGUCGUUUUAUGACUAGAAACCCCACCCUUUCCCUGAGGACCCCCCAAGCUCUAGGGCAGGAGAGGGCAGUCCUCACCCCUCAGAAAAUUGACAAGUGGUUCGAGGGACUGCACCAAUACAUGGUGGAGAAGAAUGCAGUGAGCAUCUUAUCGUGCCCGGACAGAAUCUGGAAUGCAGAUGAGAGUGGCUUUGCUCUCUCGCCGACGGGAGACAGGGUCAUCGGGAUGCGAGGGGCGAAGUUCGUGUAUUCAUUUUCGUCGACCACCAAGACCAACUUGAGUACGCUAGAGGCAGCAUCGGCCAGUGGCAUCUUUUGUCCCCCGUUCGUCAUCUACCCGGGGAAGAGGGUCUCCCGGAACUGGAAGCCAAUGGAAGGAGCACCGGAAAGCUGGUUGUACGGCUUCAGUGAGAGUGGAUGGAUGAACUCCGAGCUGUUCUAUUCAUGGCUCGCCAACCAUUUCCAUCCAUUCCUACUGAGCCGUGGAACCCACUUUCCCGUGCUCCUUCUUGUGGAUGGUCACGCUAGCCACGUCGACCUGCAUGUAGCAGAGUUUUGCCAGCAUAACAAUAUAAUUUUGUACAGGUUACAGGCACACGCGAGCCACAUCAUCCAGCCGCUAGACCUGUCAGUCUUUGGACCUCUGAAGAAGGCAUACAAGAAGAGGGAAGGGGAGUGGAAGGAUGCGCAUCCUGGUCAGUUCGUCACCAAGGCAUUCUUUGCCGGCGUGUUCGCCAAUGCAUGGGCGGACAUUAAACCAGAGUUGGCCACGGCAGGCUUCAGAGCGGCAGGCAUAUAUCCUUUCACACGUGGAUAUUGCCGGGACAAACUUGCCCCGUCGCAGGUGUUUACCACCCCACCAGCCACCCCACCAGCCGCUCCAGCACUACCACCAGCCGCCCCAGCACCACCACCAGCCGCCCCAGCACCACCACCAGCCGCCCCAGCACCACCACCAGCCGCCCCAGCACCACCACCAGCCGCCCCAGCACCACCACCAGCCGCCCCAGCACCACCACCAGCCGCCCCAGCACCACCACCAGCCGCCCCAGCACCACCACCAGCCGCCCCAGUCAUUCCAGCACCGCCACCCGCCCAAGAAGAACCAUCAACCUCAACCGCCAUGCCAAUAAGACCCAGCACUGCCUAUCAAUAUCGGCCACCCACCUACGUGUCCCCUGCUUUCGACAAGUAUCUCAAGUUUCCCGAGGCAGUGAGGAGUGCCCCAAAGAGGAAGACCGGGGAUGAGCUCCCGAACGCCAUCUCCGGUCUAGACUGGAUCAGGUACCAGACAAAGAGGCGAAGCGACAAGGAGGCUGAAGAGGAAAGGAAGAAGAAGAAAAGGGAAGAAAGGGAAGCUAAGAAGGCAGAGAAGGAGAAGGAGAAGCUAGAGAAGAAGAAGAAGGGAGGGAAGAGAUCGAGGAAGGUGCAAUUAAGGGAAGAAGAAGUCGACGAGAUGGUUUGCAGCGAGUGCCAGGACGAUUUCGACGAUGAAGACAGCAACAACUGUGUAGGGUGCAACUACUGCCCACGGUGGUUUCACGUUGAGUGCACGGAAUUAAUUGGGCUAAAUAUAGAGGAAGUUGAAGCAACCGAUUUUAAAUGCGGGGUUUGCGAUGAAGAGUAAUUUUACGUUUUUAAUAAUUUGUAUUGUUUAAUGAAUCUUCCGUCCAUUUAUUUCUUCCUUUUUUAAAUCAAGCGGGUAUUUUAAGCACUGAUGUGGUUGCAGCCUACACAGUUGUCGUUGUCUUCAUUGUCGAAAUCAUCCAGCACUCGUUACAAACCAUCUCGUCGACUUCGUCGUUGUCGAAAUCUGUUUUGCUCUCCUUAUUCUCCAUUAUACUUCCCAACUGUUGACGUUGUAAAACCUUUGUUUUUAUACCUAUUUAUUUUGUAUAACUUAGUUUAUUUUCGACAAAAAUAGCCUAUUUUACAUGUAGGUCUCAUUCCGUAUUUUAUUUGUGCAAUGCAGUAGUUUCGUACCUCAACCUGUUCAAGUGCAAUUUAUUUGAUUUGAUGUACCUGUAAAUUGAUUCCUUUAUUAUCUAAAUAUUAUGUUGCAUAUUUUAUUGACAGUUUAUGAAUUUCCUUCAUUUUAAUUUCACUGCCUAUUAUUCAUUCUGUUAUAUUUCAUUUUACAUCAUACCAAAGGUCCAAUUGUAUAGGACUUUCGUCACACUUGUGUAAAAUAAUUUUGUUUAAUUUUACAUCAUAUCGAAAGUCAAUUACUAAUUCAUGAAUGUUCAAGAAACUUGUGUUUCUACUCACACACAAAGAGAGAGAGAGAGAUAAAUAGAUCAGCAUGAGGACAAAAAGAAGGAAAAAGUAAAUAAAAUGAUUUUGGAUUUCAACCAAAAUCAAGUUUGUUCAUCAUGAAUUCAGAGUCUUAGAAAUUAUCUUUAUUUAUUUCGUUCGAAUAUUGGGUGAUUACUUUGAUUGAAAUGUAUGUAAAGUGAUAAACGAGAAAGCGCUGAGAGAAGUUGAGGGGGGGGGGGGGGGAGAGAGAUUGACAGAGAGAGAGAGAGUGUGUGUGUGUGUGUAUACGUGUGUGAGAGAUAAUAGAAGAUAGAGAAAAAAUAGAAAGAGAAUUAAGGAAUGUAAGGAUUUUAGUUGAGGGAGAGAUAAGAGUAGCCGUGAAUUGAAAGAGGGACCCAAUGAAUGAACAAAGCUUUUACAUUGAGACUCGGCUGAUAAUUUAUUGAACAGAUUUAAAUGCAACAAAAUAAUCAAGCAUGCAUGUAGA